AGCGAGGGGAUGUUCCCUGGGAGGAGGUUACACCCAAGCUGAACAUUUUCACCUUGGAAAGUUGGAGUCCGGCUGGUGACCUCCCGUCCGGCAGCACUGAGACACCCUCUUCCUUCCAUGGAGGUUCCGACCGGUCGAUCCUCUUCACAGAAACUUUGGUGAACUUCUACAACAUCACUUAUUUUCCAACGACCUCUCUUGACCCUUUUUUUUCUUCGGGAUCCUUACUUCCACAAGCAGCACUUCCCACGCGCGGACUUUCAGCUCCCCCUCGGUCCGGGACUCCCUUUCCAGCGGACACCAUGCGUCCGACGGGACCGGAGAAGCGGGCUUCGCUCUGCCGGCUUUGGGCGGUGGUUUUGCCGCUGCUGGUGUGCGCCGCCUCGGUGACUGGAUGCCCGCACAAGUGCAGCUGCUCCGGGUCGCAUGUGGACUGCCAGGGUCUCGGUCUGAAGAGCGUCCCCAAAGGAGUGCCGAGGAAUGCCGAGCGCCUGGACUUGAACAGAAACAACAUCACCAGAGUCACCAAAGUGGACUUCUCUGGCCUGAAGAACCUGAGGAUUCUUCACCUGGAGGACAAUCAAAUCAGUGUUGUGGAGAGAGGAGCCUUCCAGGACCUCAGGCUGCUGGAGAGACUACGCCUCAACAGAAACAAACUGCAGUUCCUCCCAGAACUUCUGUUCCAGUCCAACCCCAAACUGGGCCGACUAGACCUCAGCGAGAACCAGAUUCAGGCGGUUCCGAGGAAAGCUUUCAGAGGAAUCACAAGUGUCAAGAAUCUGCAACUGGACAGCAACCACAUCAGCUGCAUCGAAGAUGGAGCUUUCCGAGCGCUGCGCGAUCUGGAGAUCCUCACCCUCAACAACAACAACAUCAGCCUCAUCCCGCUGUCCAGCUUCAACCACAUGCCCAAGCUGCGCACUCUGCGUCUGCACUCCAACAACCUGCACUGUGACUGUCAGCUGUCCUGGCUCUCUGAUUGGCUCAGAGUCCGGCGGGGCUUGGCUCCCUUCACCCAGUGCAUGGCCCCCGCCAACAUGAGAGGUCUCAACGUCCCCGAUGUGCAGAAGAAGGAUUUUGUCUGCACCGGUCCAGCUCAGACGGAGCCGAGGACCUGCGUCCCCCAGGUCGCCGUGUGCCCCCCGAGCUGCAGCUGUAACAACAACGUGGUGGACUGUCGCCGUAAAAGCCUCACUGAGAUACCGGCCAACCUCCCCGAGAGCAUCGUGGAGAUUCGCUUGGAGCAGAACUUGAUUAAAAACGUCCCAGCAGGAGCCUUUUCUUCCUACAAGAAGCUCAAGAGAAUCGACUUGAGUAAGAACCAGAUUUCUGACAUUGCCGACGAUGCUUUCAGUGGCCUCCGCUCACUCACCUCACUGGUUCUGUACGGAAACAAGAUCACGGAGCUGCCCAAGGGACUCUUUGAUGGACUCGUGUCCCUGCAGCUACUGCUGCUGAACGCCAACAAAAUCAACUGUUUGAGAGUCAACACCUUCCAAGAUCUGCAGAACCUGAACCUGCUGUCGCUGUACGACAACAAGCUGCAGAGCAUCAGCAAAGGGCUGUUCGCCCCGCUGCGCUCCAUCAAGACUCUCCAUCUGGCCCAGAACCCCUUCAUGUGUGACUGUCACCUCAAGUGGUUGGCUGACUACCUGUUUGACAACCCUAUUGAGACCAGCGGGGCCCGCUGCAGCCACCCCCGAAGGCUGGCUAACAAGCGCAUCAGCCAGGUGAAAGGCAAGAAGUUCAGGUGCACAGGUCAGGAGGACUACCGCAGCCGCCUGAGUGGCGACUGCUUCCAGGACCUGGUGUGUCCAGAGAAAUGUCGCUGUGAAGGCACCGUGGUGGAUUGCUCCAACCUCAAACUGACCCGCGUACCUCCACACAUCCCCGAGCACACCACCGACCUGCGGUUAAACGACAACGAGAUCGCCGUCUUGGAGCCUGCUGGGACCUUCAAGAAGCUGCCCAACUUGAAGAAGAUAAACUUAAGCAACAACAAGCUGAGGGACAUCCGUGACGGUGCCUUUGACGGAGCGGGGGGUGUUUUGGAGCUGCUGCUGACGGGGAACAAACUAACUGGGCUGCAGGGACACAUGUUUAAAGGCCUCAGUGGCCUGAAAACACUAAUGCUGCGCAGCAACCAGCUCAGCUGCAUCGACAACGGCACCUUCACGGGCCUCAGCUCGGUGCGUCUGCUCUCGCUCUACGACAACCGCAUCAGCAGCAUCGCGCCGGGAGCUUUCUCCACGCUGCACUCCCUGUCCACCAUAAACCUCCUGUCCAACCCGUACGUGUGCGAUUGCCACCUGGCCUGGCUGGGUCAGUGGCUGAAGAAGACCAGGGUGGUGAGCGGGAACCCUCGCUGCCAGAGGCCGGCCUUCCUGAAGGAGAUCCCCAUCCAGGACGUGGCCUCGCCAGACUUCACGUGUGACGGUGCAGAGGAUAACGGUUGCCUUCCUUCGUCCGGCUGUCCUGACGUCUGCACGUGCACAGACGGCGUGGUGCGAUGCAGCAACAGGGGGCUGCACUCUCUGCCCAAAGGCGUCCCCAAGGACACCACAGAGCUAUACCUGGAGGGUAAUAUGCUGGCAUCUGUGCCCAAGGAGCUGGCAGGUCUGAGGCAGCUGUCAUUGGUGGACCUGAGCAACAACAGCAUCAGCACAUUGGCCCCCUUCACCUUCAGCAACAUGACCCAACUGGCCACACUCAUCCUGAGUUACAACCAGAUCCGCUGCAUCCCGGUCCACGCCUUCGAUGGGCUCAAGUCGCUGCGCCUGCUCACUCUCCAUGGUAACGACCUUUCAACCAUACCAGAAGGAGCUUUCAACCACCUCACGGCUCUCUCCCACCUGGCUCUCGGUGCCAACCCGCUGCACUGUAACUGUGAUCUGCGCUGGCUCUCCCAGUGGGUCAAGGCCGGCUUCAAAGAGCCCGGAAUCGCCCGGUGCUCGGGGCCUCCCGAUAUGGCCGACAGGCUGCUGCUCACCACGCCGCUCAACCGCUUUCAGUGUAAAGGUCCAGUAGAUGUCAGCCUGAUGUCAAAGUGCGCCCCCUGCCUUGCAGUUCCCUGCCUAAACAAUGGUACCUGUGUGGCGGAUACAGCGGGCUCGUACCGCUGCACCUGUCCGUAUGGAUUCAAGGGUCAACACUGUGAGACGCCCAUCAACGCCUGCGUCAGCUUCCCCUGCUCACACGGAGGAACCUGCCACAUCCCGCCCGGCAACGAAGACCACUUCAGCUGUGUGUGUCCGCCAGGUUACGAGGGCCAGCGUUGUGAGAUGAACCCGGACGACUGUGAGGACAACGACUGUGAGAACAACUCCACCUGCAUCGACGGAGUCAACAACUACACCUGCGUCUGCCCCCCCAACUACACAGGUGACCUGUGUGACGAGGUGGUUGAUUCCUGUCUCCGUGGUUUCGACCCCUGUCAGCACGACUCAAAGUGCGUCCACGUCGGCCGCGCUUACAGGUGCGAGUGUCUGCCGGGCUACGUGGGCCUGCACUGUGAGCAGGACUACAACGACUGCCUGGAGAACAAGUGUCAACACGGAGCCGAGUGCGUGGACGCCGUCAACGGCUACACCUGCGUCUGUGCAGAGGGGUUCAGCGGGCUGUUCUGUGAGAACCCCCCCCCAAUGAUUCUGCUGCAGACCAGCCCCUGCGACCAGUCCGACUGCCAGAACGGCGCCCAGUGCCUGGUGGUUGCCGGGGAGCCCGUCUGCCGCUGCAUGCCCGGUUUCUAUGGCAACAAAUGCGACAAGAUCGCCACCGUUCACUUCCUGGGUCGGGACGGGUACGUGGAGCUGCCGAGCGCAAAGCUCCGCCCCACGGCGCAUAUUUCACUACAGGUGGCCACGGACAAAGACAACGGGAUCCUGUUGUACAAGGAGGACCACGACCCUCUGGCCCUGGAGCUCUACCAGGGACACAUACGCCUCAUCUACGACAUCGCCAACUACCCGCCCACCACCGUGUACAGUGUGGAGUCGGUGAAUGACGGGCUCUUCCACGCGGUUGAGCUUUUGAUUCAGAAUCGUUCCCUGAGCCUGGUGGUGGAUAACGGGGCCCCCAAGAGCCUCGGCAAGCUGGCCCGCCAGCCGUCCGUCGACCACAACACCCAACUCUACAUCGGAGGAGUUCCGUCCGAGGUGGUGGCCUCGGGUCUGCGUCCCGGCCCGGAGCGUUCCCCUCAGGCUUUCAACGGAUGCAUUCACAACGUCCGAAUAAACGGGGAGCCUCAAGACCUGAGCUACAGGGCCGCAGGAGGAGCCCGGCCGCAAGGGCUGGAGGGCAAGGCCGAAGGCAUCCUCGCAGGGUGUCAUUCCUGCAGCGUGUGCGCUCAGGGGGCGUGCAGGGAGGGGGGCGACACGGGGGUCACCUGCGAAUGUCCCCCGGGACGCAGCGGCGCCCUCUGCGACCAGACGACGGCACCGCGCGCCUGCCAGAACAGCAGAUGUGUCCACGGCCAGUGCGUGCCGAAGGGCCAGUCCUACAGCUGCCAGUGCAGCGAAGGCUUCCAGGGGCAGUACUGCGACCGGCGGCAGGAGCCCGCGGCCUGCCGGGCGCCGCGCUGCGGACACGGGGAAUGCCGCGUCUCGGAGGCCGGGGAGCCCGUGUGCCACUGCCAGCCGGGGUACGCCGGGCCCACCUGUGACGCAGAGCUCUCGUGUCAGGGAGAGAUGGUGAGGGAGCCGCUGAAGCGCCACCACCCGAUGACGACGUGCACGUCCACCGCCAGGAUCGCCCGCAUGGACUGCCCCCGGUCCUGCCAGGCCGCGGCCCCCCCGGGCUUCUGCUGCGGGGUGACCAAGAGCCGGAGGAGGAAGGCGGUGUUCCGCUGCACCAACGGCACGGCGUACUCCGAGGAGAUGGAGACGCCCGUGGAGUGCGGCUGCUCCGCGUGCCCGUUGUAACGCCGCCGCGCGGCAGCUGCUUUGACACUUUGUGAAUCGUCUACAACGCUGUCGCUCUGAGGUUCUCCCCACGUUGAUGAGCACCGUCAUUAUGUGAUCCUUGUCUUUACACGUUCAGUUUCACCGCUUGCCGCCGAGAUAAAACCACAAACGGAAAAUGGGACACGUGUGUGUGUGUGUGUGUGUGUGUUUUAUGACAGAGAGAAAAUAUAUUGUAAGAUAUAAGUGAGAGAAAACAUAGAACUUAUUUUUAUUAUGGAUUUUUUUUUCUAAAAGAUGAGAAAAGGACUGAUAUGUUUUGUCUUUUGAAUGUGUUGAUGAUAUAAUGUGUUACAUAGUAUGGAAGGUUAUUUUUUACCAUAUAAGGAGGAAAAAUACACAGCAAAAUAGAUUAACAUUCCUUAAAAGUAUAUGAAUUUAUAUGUUUGUAUAAAUCUAUAUAAAUAUAUACCCUUACCCAACGAAUUCUAUAUUUGUAAGUGUAUUUGCAUGAUAAUGUGGGAGGCUCUGGGCACUGAGAGGAGAGCUCCGUGCCCCCCACCCGGAGAGAAGAACUGUUAUACUAAUGGACCCCACCCUCACAGGAGAAGGACCCUCCUUUCCACAGACAUUAACUACAUCCCGUAGCUGGAUGCUGCACCACACUUUGAGCCACUUGGGUUUGAAAUGAAGACGUUUUUAUUUGUUGAGAUUAAACAUAAUUGAGGAAUUCUCACAAAUCCACAAGAAAGAAACCAUACUUUGAUCAUAGCAUUGAGUUAUUCCUUUUAGCUUUAGCUAGAGGGAUUCAUAAUCUGUUCAUAAUCCAAUCCCCCCCCCCCCUCGGUCAGAGAGGGUUCCCCUGCUUCCUGUGGUUGAAGCUGUCAGGUGAAGCUGACAGGUGUAGUUGUUUGUGGUCAGAAGGAUGGUCACUUGAACCCGUCCCCCCCCAGCAGCGAUGUCCCUGUGCACUCUGGGGGGCACUUCAGCAUUUGAUCAUUUCUAAUAACGCUUUCAUGCCAAAGUCAAAGAACUGUGCGUUCAUCCGACCUCAAGUGCCUUCCUGUACUUCCUUUCAAAUCCAAAAAUGUUUCUGCAAUAUUGUCAACCAGUGCUACUGAAUGUUGGACGUCUCCAUGACAACACAAUCUAAAUGAUAUGGUGGCCUUUCCAAAGAAAAUGAUGCUAACAAUAAACAGAGAAGCCAGAAACGGUCCCUUCGGUUUGGAUCAAUAAUCACGUUUUCCUCCAUCAUUUGUGUGUCACGGGACAACAGUUUGAAAUGAAAAGUGUUAAAGUUCAAGCUGCAGCUUAGGGUUUAGAUUUCUAUACUGAUAUAACAUGUAAGAACACAGAGCGCUUCAGUCGGGUCACAGCAAACCAACAACAAGUCAACAACAAGUCAACAAGUCAACAACUGAGAGCGAGUAGACCCUGUUUGGACCCAGGUACAACACUAAAGAGACUAACAUAAUUAAAAGCAUAUAGCAAAUGACUUUAAUGUAACUACUACUGUAUUGUCUACUUUACACAUUGUUGCUUUAAUUACACUUUUAACAGUUAAUUCAGUUUCAUCAGUUUUGUCUUUGUCAAAGUCCCAGAUUGACACAUCUCCUUGGUUCGGAUCCUACUCCCUUCUUUCCUUUCCUUUUCCCUUUUCUUUCCUUUCCUAUGAUCCAUUUUGUUUUCACCUUCUCUGCCUUAUCGCUCCUCUCGUCUCCUAAAGGUUUACUUCUUCAUUGGGAACUUUUGAGUUUUAUUCCACAAAGGAAAAAAACCUUUUAGUCAUUUUCAUUUUCCAGGUCUGAGUUUGAAGGAAACAUAAAUAUGUGAUUCAUGACCAUUGAUUCUGGUGUCGAAUGUUCAAAUUAAACUACAAUUGAA